UGUGGCCGCUGCCUCAGUGAUCACACGUCGCACGUCUCGCACAUCAGCUGCUCUCUGGACCGACAGUCCUGCCGGAUUCACCGCCGAACAAAGGAGGAGGAAAGACCAGCCGCCGCAUCCUGUGGGACGGUCAGUGAUGGUCAAUGCUGGUUAGAGCCUGCAGCUGAGGAUGUCUGCCACAGAUUCGGACAACUCCAUUGAUUGGCUGGCUAGUGACAAUGAGGAAAACGACAGCGAACAAGAGCCCGACUGUGCUUUGAAGGACGCUCAUGCAGAGGCUGCUCCAUCCCCCAGCUUCCCUCCCUACCCGGGCCCGUCUAACUGCAGCAGGCCGAACGAGGGCAGCAGUAAGUGGAGCGAGGUCUGCAGCCGGGGAUCUUCUUGCUGCGUGGAGAAAAUAGAGAGCAACGCUGCCAUUGGACUAUAUAAAACUCAACUUGGAGAAAAGGUGACUGGCAAAAGCACUCAGCCGGUGAAGAGACCUCACAGCUCCACGGAAGAGCAGAGCAAAGGACGGCAGCUCAUUUUAUCUGAGAAAGAUCACAUUUUUAGAAGCAAGUGCAUGGAGCUACAGUGCUACAUUCAUCCGCUGUCAUCAAUCUUGAAUGGCCUUCGUUCAGGGAGAUACAAAGAAAGACUCAGCAGUUUCCAGGAGAGCGUGGCCAUGGACAGGAUUCAGAGGAUCAUGGGAGUCCUGCAGAACCCUUUCAUGGGGGAGAAAUACGUUGAUAUCAUUCUUAAAAUGGAGGAGAUGUUAAAGAGCUGGUUCCCUCACAUAAAACUCCAAGACCAACUCACAGCUACCCAAACAGACGGAGCUGUUUCAAGCAAGAGGUUUAAGGGGUUUCCAGUGGCCACGACUGCAGCAGUGAACCCCGUCACCAUCGGGGAGCUUCCAGCUGGCACCAAAGCCCUGAGAGUCACAGACCUGACUCCUCCCGGAGCCUACUCCGCCAAUAACCUGAAGUGGCUCCACACGUCACCCAUCUGCUCCCCCACAGCAGAGGAGGCCCAGGCUGGUCCCAGGCACCUGCUGCUCCCCAGAGACAGAGACCUAACGCAGGACAAUGCUGUGUCCUCCAGCACAGACAGCCACACUAAGUCGGACUCUGUGUCCAGAGGCCCUCCGCCAGGCAAAAUCAACGCGCCCUGCCUGGAGAGGCUCCUGAAGUCCACAGACAGCAUCAUCACACGCAAGGGGACGGGGGGGUUGACCGGCAGCAGCUGGUGCUAGUCUACAAACAGCGCUGGGAGUCCGGCUGUAAUCAGCGCCCAGCCUCGCCCUCGCCUUGCCCUGCUGGGAACCAGUCAGCUCGCUCAGUUCAUUCCAGCCUUUCAGGAGAGACGGGAGCAUUCAAAAGGGAUCCUCUUCAGCGUGGAACGAGUUCGACGAAGCCCUCGGACACGACAAGCAUCCGCCUUUUGUCUUUCUUUUCGUCGUCCUGUCCUUGUUUUGUGUUUGCGCUCUUGAGCGCGUGCGUGUUGGACGGAUAGAUUUCACACUUCCAGGUAACCAGAGCAAGUGAGGAACAGUUCCCGCCCACCUGUUAGGUUUAACAAAAUCAGUUGUAAGCAUUUACGAAACUGUCAGUUCACCCAGAAACAGAGGAGGGAACUUCACAGUUUGAGCGGGAAGGAAGCAUUACUCAGACAGAUCUACAUAUUAUUGUGCUGAAAAUGUGACGUCACUCCCCCUCCCCCAAUAACCACUCUAUUGAUGUGACUGUUACUCAUUUCUAUUCUUUAUUGAUAAAUCUUUGGUACAACUGUUCUACCUCAUUUUGCACCACGUCAUGGUUAGCAGAGAAGGAAUGUGAACACUAGCAGGUCUGAGCGGAUGAGCCAAACAGCCUCAGACAAACGGAGGAUGCUCUCGUGGCCUGACCGGUGCCGUUGUAAAGAAUGUCAGCUGCAGAUUCGUUCGUGUUUUUCUGUCUGUGUUGGUUUUUUGAGUCUCCCAGUAGAAGGCAAACGGUGCCUGCAACCUCAAGCUGUGCCUGUAAGCCGCUUUAAUGAACGAAGCGUGUAGAGUACCUGCUCCUCUGUGGGAUGUACGAGUCAGGAAGUUUCACUCUCCUGCCGUGUUCCUGUAGUGACUAAAUUAUUCAGAUUUGCCAACUUGUUUUGUUUUUUUUCCUGUGGUGGAGUAGAACGAUUCUAACUUUUGUUUUGCCACAGAACUGGGCGGCGCGUUAGACCACCAGAAA